AAAAAAAAAAAAAAAAUCCCUAUAAGACUCCCCCGGUUUAUCAUGUGAGGCGGUUCUAGGGACCGUGCGUCGCUGUUCAACCGGCUCUAACCCGAUGAUAUUUUGUACUAUUAUUUUUUUCAAUUAAUUAAAUAAUGUAUUUCGAUAUUUUUGAUAAACUCGUGCAGCGUCUGUGUAUAUAAAGUUCAUCGUCUCACUUUCUCUCUCCGCGUUCCACUAGUAAAGUUGAAGCGACUUGCCUCGUGCUACUCCGCUUCUUCAAGAUUUUUCCCGAGAAAGGUUUAGCUAAAAGUUUCUCGUUUCAAAGCUCUCUAAUUCAUUGAAUCUUCUAUUUCUCGAGAUUUUCUACCCAAAUUUGGAAUGGGUGUGAAAGUAGCAUACACUUCACCCUUCCUUCAAUGGACACCUCAUCCUUCUUCUUCUCAUUCCCAAACCCUAGCUUCCAGAGCCAUCUCAUCUCCUUCAAAACGACGACACAACGCACCGUUUCCAUCCUCUCAUUUCCUGCCUCAGAGACUAAACCGUUCAUCUCUCUUCGGAACUCCUCCCUCUACAAAUCUCCAUCGCUCCAAGUCCUGCGAGCUAUGGAAACUAUCCAAACCAGCCAAGACUCACACCAUUCGAAGAGUCUACAGCAGCGCAAACUUAGAUCCCUUCUCAGACGAAGAGUUCUCCAAAAAGAUCCAAGAACUAACCCUCAGAUUCAACGACGAGAGAGAGCAACGAACAUCACUCGAGAUCGAGAUGAAAGCGAACAGCGUCGACCUCCCACUCUCCCUUCGUAUCAUAAAAAAGAAGCGUAAAUGGGAGGAAAGAGUCAAACAAACCGCAUGCGACUCGAUGAACAAGGCUUUCUCCUCGAUGGUGUUUAUGAUUAGAGAGCUUCAGAGUUUUACUCUGCACAUGAGAGAGGUUUUGUUCUACGAAGACUUGCAAGGGAUCUUGCUUAGGGUUAGAGAAGAGAUGCACGCUUCUUUCGUGUGGCUCUUUCAGCAAGUCUUCUCCGCUACGCCUACGUUGAUGGUUUAUGUGAUGAUACUCCUCGCGAACUUCACUGUUUAUUCUAUCGGUAGCAACUCUGCUUUUGCUGCAGUCGCUGCUCCGACCACCACCGUUUCUGAAAUUCAAGACGUGAAUGAGAAGUUUGACUCGUCCACGGUUAAAACGUUCUUUGUAUCGUCCUCUCCCAACGGGAAUUCGACUUCUGUGGGCGGUAAUAACAACGGCGGAGGUGGAAAUAUCCGGCCGGUGUUGAGUGGAACUGAUGGUGAUGAUGGAUCGGAACAGUUUAGAACUAUAAUACCAGAAGGAGUGUCGUCAACGCUCGGGUCAACGACAAGAGAGGCAGAGAAGACAUCAGUGUCGGGACAGGAUGAACUGAGGCUGUGGAAUUCGAUAGUGGAGGAAGCGGAGGAAAUGCAGUAUUCGGAUACGGACAAUGGAUUGUUGGAUCAGGAGACGAGGAAGAGGUUCGUGUCUCCUUUGGAUGCUCGAGUAGAAGAGGCAGAUGAGGAGAUUGAUUACUUUAAAACAGAGCUUCUCUACCAAACGGGACUGUCUCAAGAGCCUAAUAAUCCUCUGCUUCUCGCUAACUAUGCUCAGUUCCUUUACAUCGUCUCUAAUGACUACGACAGAUUCUUUUGGGGUGUGAAUUAUGAGGCUGCAAGUUGUUGCUAACAGUCAAAAGUAGGCGUAGUGCUCGAUGAUUUUUCUAUUCACUAGUGGGGGCAUAUUUGUGGAAAUUUCAAAAUUAUUUUUUAAAGUUGAAAUCGUCAUAAUAAUUGCAUCAGCAGAAUAUAUUCGACCAAUAGAGCUGAACCAUUUCUUUUCCUCUUGGAGUAAGAAGACAGUACAGCAAAAAAAUAUCUAGAGGGGAAUAUAUAGACAUAAGAUUAGUUCUAGCCAAUGAGCUUUGAGUCUUUGAGGGCUGAUGAUAGUGGAGUUUACGGUGGAGUUUUAAAGACUCC